AUGGAGGCGGAAUACCCUUCCCACCCAUCGGCUCAGGACGCUUCGUCGCCUUCCGCCACCUCAUCCUCCCACAGAGGAUCCCCUUCGCUGGCUCGCGACGACGGCAGGUCGGCCUCCGUUUCACGUAUCAACUCGAACGAAGCUGCCGCCGGGGCAGAUGGCUCGGGGACGACGACGGACAGAAACCCUGCCGCGGGUGCAGCUGCGGAUGCGGCGUCGAAUGAUCCCCUCGCAGACCUCAAGCGGCCGCGCGCCUGUGAAGCUUGUCGACAGUUGAAAGUGCGCUGCGAUCCUGACCACGAUAACCCAGACGGGUCCUGCAAACGUUGCGCAAAGGCAAAUAGACGCUGCGUCGUUACCGUUCCAACUCGAAAGAGACAGAAGAAGGGAGACAGUCGGGUUGCAGAGCUGGAAAGAAAGAUUGACGCCCUGACCGCUAGUCUCCAGGCGUCGAGGACGAAGAGCUACCCGUCAGACCAGAACGAGCCCGGACAGCAUCAUAAUGCGGAAAGGAGCUGGUCUGGGUCCAGCCGCUGGGGUCCGCAGCGACAGGUAUCAAGAGGUGCGAAUCCGCCAGGGCCCUCUGGGAUCGCUGGUAGCAAGAGGUCGUCCAGCGGGGAUAUCCGGUCAAUGCCAGGAAUGGGACCUCCGGCUGUCCUUGCACGCCCAAUAAGCCCGGCUAACCACACAGCUUUCGUCCAUACGUGGCUACACGGGAAGAGCUCUAGCAAAACUGACAGCAGCUGGCCGGCUUUCGAGCCAGAGUCCAUGUCCGCACCUCGUGUUGAUCAUGAGUAUGCGGACGCCAUAGACCGUGGUAUUGUCGACCAGGAGACAGCGGCCAAAGCAUUCGCGCACUAUAUCAACAACAUGCUACCUUUGAUGCCAUGCGUGGUGUUCCCGCCAGGCACGAAGAUGGGGGAUGUGCGACGAGAGACACCCAUACUCUUUCUAUCGAUUCUUUCUGUAUCAAUCGGAUCGUAUGCGCCCAGCUUGGAGCCGAUUCUGCUUGGCGAGAUGCACAAAAUCUUCGCCGACCGCAUUGUUAUCCGCGGUGAGAAGUCUCUCGAGCUGAUGCAGGCUCUUGUGAUAGCUUCUUUGUGGUACAUGCCACCGGAACAUUAUGAAGAGCUGAAAUUCUACCUGCUCAUUCAUUUGGCGGCGGUUAUGGGGACGGAUAUGGGCAUGAACCGCAGAUCAAAGCCACAGUCGCAAUCCUCAGAGAUCAUAAAGGAGUUGAUGAGCAGGAAAACCAUGUUCAUCGAUCCCCAGUCUCUGGAUGGGAGGAGAGCGUGGAUGGGCUGCUACUUUCUGGCCGUUAAUGUUGCUAUGGGCCUUAGGCGGCCACUCCUCACUCGCUGGAAUACUUACAUGGAUGAAUCAGUCCAGAUGCUGCUGGAGUCACCCGACGCCUAUCCUAGCGACAAGGCCCUUGUUGAAUGGAUCAAACUAGCCCAUAUUGGUGAAGAGAUCGGUUUCCAGUUCUGCAUGGACGAUCCUCUGACAAACAUCUCUAUCACCGAGCCCAGAGUUCAAUUUGCUCUCAAAGGGUUUGAAGGGCGUUUGGAUGAAUGGCGGAGGGAGGUGCCGCCAGAGUUGUAUACCCCUGUGAUGGAACAUUAUGAACAAGUUCUUAGCAUAUACAUGCAUGAAAUUGGCAUGCACAACGAUCACAACAUCGAUGACUUCAAGCCCCCGUUUCUUCCUGGCCUUACAGAUGAAUCGCAGGCUGAUCUCGGGACUGCCGCACAUGUGAACGCCCUCACUGCAUGUCUUACCUCCAUACAUCGAGUCCUUACCCUAUUCAGCACCAUGGACGGAUCUUUGCUACCUUGUCUCCCUACGAUACAUUUUGUCCGCACAUCUUAUGCAUGUGUUGCUCUUAUCAAAUUAUUUUCUGUUGCCUCGUCCCCGGGCAGUAGGCUUGCUAACGUAUUCAGCACUGAAGACUUCAAAGUCGAGGAAUCGCUGAAUAAACUGAUUUCUCACCUACAUGCAUCAGCAGAAGGAAAUCAGAGUCGAGUCGGCCUCAAGUUCUCGCUUAUAAUUGGCAUGAUGAAGGCGUGGUAUGCGAAACGCAAAGAUAAGAAUGCUGAAGUGUCUCUCCCGCCUUUCCUCCAGCCACGGAUCUCAAAGUCCGAGAAGAGUGAAGCAACAGCGUCACCUGCUGCCGAUGGUGCGAAUAAGUCGACUUCAUUUACAGAUUCCACCACGCCCAAUGCCCAAGGCGAUGCAACGGCAAAGUAUCCAUCAAAUAGUACCGCAGUCACCAGGCAACAGGGCCAGCGAGCGAUUAACACGGCUGAUAAUGUCGCUCAGCCCUGUGAUAAUAAUGCCAAUCAGGCCUUCGUGACGAGCCCAGAUGAAAUUGCCACAACAUCUGCGGCUACUGCUCCGACAUAUGGCUCUUCCAACCUUCCACAACGGGGCUCGAGCACAGGCGAUUGGCCGCAGUUCGUCAGCCAGAACCAAGUGUCCACCAAUCCUUACCCGGCAUCACCAGAAUACGACCCUUCAGUGCUGCAGUACAUGGCCGUUGGUCAGAAUAAUCUUGUUUCACAAGCUGGAUACAAUGUGCCUACCACAGGAAUGGACCAGCACAAUAUGACAUGGGGACACGGUAUGAUCCCUGAUGCUGAUUUAUCAGCCGUCAUGACCUUCCACCCCAACUUAUGGGAUGAAGAGCUCUUCCAACUCUCGCUCGAGGGCUUUGAAGGAGUGUUCUAG